UACGCGCCGUCGUUCACGCGCUUACAUUUGGUUUUACCCUAAUCGACUUCCGUGUGUAGAGAAGAGGCGAAAAAGAGAGAUACAACUUUGUACAUCCCGUCUCCGAUUUCGCCGUUGUUUCCCUGAUCUCCGUCGUUAGUCCGCCUCCGAUUCGAUCUGUGCUAAACUUAAGUUAAAAACGAUGGAUCCGAUGGAUAUAGUUGGAAAAUCUAAGGAAGAUGCUUCGCUUCCAAAAGCUACGAUGACUAAGAUUAUAAAGGAGAAUGUUCGUGUUGCUAGAGAUGCUCAAGAUCUUCUCAUCGAGUGUUGCGUUGAGUUUAUAAACCUUAUAUCCUCAGAGUCUAAUGAAGUCUGUAACAAGGAGAAUAAACGAACUAUCGCACCUGAGCAUGUACUUAAAGAACUUCAGGUUCUUGGCUUUGGGGAAUACGGCGAAGAAGUCUACGCUGCUUAUGAGCAACAUAGAUACGAAACCAUUCAAGAUUCACAGAGGAGUGUGAAGAUGAACACCGGAGCAUAUAUGACGGAAGAGGAAGCAGCAGCGGAGCAACAGAGAAUGUUCGCAGAAGCUCGAGCUAGAAUGAAUGGUGGUGUAUCCGCUCCUCAACAAUUAGAUACACAACAGUCGAGUCUACAAAGCUAAUCAAGAAGAAGGGAGAAUCCUUUUAUUUUUAUUUUUAACAUUAUCCCUUUUUCUAGCGUUUCUCUGUAAAGUGCAAUAGUUUCUUCUUAAAUCACUUGUGUGAUUCAGAUGUAAUUAGUAAGCAUUUUGUCUUAUGUCGUUGCAUCUGUCGUGCUCAGAUACAGAUCCGUAUUCAUUAUGUUUAUAAGCUGAUUGUUCUAAAAUGAUAGAUUUCAUUUUCAAA